AUGGCAGAGGCGAGGCAGCUCUACAUCGGAAACAGCCUAUUCAGGAAGAGGGAGAGGAAGAGAUGGACUUGGAUAUCGCCGAACUCUAAGCACCGAAGCGAGACUGACUACAUCCUGGUUGAUAAGCGACGCAUAUUGCAUGAUGUCUCCGUCGUGACGCCAUUCAACACCGGCAGCGAUCAUCGUCUGGUAAGGGCGAGGGUCGUCAUCGACGAGAAGAGGGAGAAGAUGGCGUUAUAUUUGGCGUCGAAGGGAAAACGUGUCCGAGUCUACAACGAGGCAAAGCUGCAGGAAGCCAUCAUGCAGGAAGACUGGUGCUAA